AUGGCCGCGACACUUGCGAAACACCACGACACCCCUCCAUUCGCUGAUCACAAAGAUCUGCACAAUGUCAUAGAUGCGACGCAGCUUGGUGAUGUCCCUUGGCAGUGUUUCUCUGCACAAUACACAGGAGAGCAACCCGAGGUUGUCCCACCUUGGAUGGACGAAGAAUUUGAGGUCUGGUAUAGGGACCCUCGUGCAAUGGCGCACAAUAUACUUGCUAACCCUACCUACAAGGACGAAAUUGACUAUGUGCCAUUUCGUGAAUAUGAUGCAUCAGACGAGACGCGCCGAUGGAAAUACUUCAUGUCCGGAGACUGGGCAUGGCAACAGGCAGACACCAUAUCGCAAGAUCCAGAAACACACGGAUCCGCUUUGAUCCCAAUCAUUCUCGGUAGUGACAAGACUACUGUCUCUGUGGGCACUGGUAAUAAUGAGUAUUACCCCCUCUAUGCCUCGAUCGCUGACAAGACACAUUCGAAAGAUGACUUAUUUCGGAUAUUUCGCCGCCAGCUGUUCCACAGCUCGUUGUCCGCGAUUCUCUCCAGUCUAAAACCUGUUAUGACUGAGUAUGAGGUCGUGCACUGUGGAGACGGACAUUUUCGGCGCGUCAUAUAUAGUCUAGGACCAUACAUCGCGGAUUACGAAGAACAGCUAGUGCUAUCCUGUAUUGUCAAACAUUGGUGCCCGAAAUGCAUUGCAGUUCGCACAAACCUUGAUGGUGAUGCCACCUACCGCACCCGCAAGUUUACUGAUUUCUUAAUCAAUGAGCUACAUGCGGAUGUAUUGUGGGAUGAAUUUGGUCUCAUUGGUGAUCUCGUCCCAUUCACCAAUGACUUCCCCCGAGCUGACAUUCAUGAGUUGCUGUCGUUUGACCUCCUCCACCAGCUAAUUAAAGGGGCUUUCAAAGACCAUCUCGUUGAUUGGGUAGCAAAGUACCUCAAGGCCAAGGAGAUCAUGAGCGACAUAGAUCGCAGAGUUGCUGCUGUACCAUCAUUCUCUGGUCUACGAUGUUUCCCUCAAGGCCACGAUUUUAAACAGUGGACUGGCGAUGAUUCCAAAGCGCUGAUGAAAGUGUUUCUUCCGGCUAUCGAAGGUCACGUACCUCAAGACAUGGUGCGCGCAUUUCACACAUUGUUAGAAUUCUGUUAUCUUGUCUGGCGCAAUGUCAUUACCGAAGAUACACUGAUUCAGAUUCAAGACGCACUUGGUCAUUUUCAUCAAUAUCACACGAUAUUUGAAAACGUCGUUCCCACCUUCUCACUCCCCCAUCAGCACUCGAUGGUUCAUUAUGUCGACAUGAUCAGACUCUUCGGUGCCCCUAACGGACUGUGCUCGUCGAUCACAGAAUCAAAGCACAUCAAGGCCGUAAAGGAGCCUUGGCGGUGGUCGAACAGGCACAAUGCUCUUGGUCAGAUGCUUGUGACCAAUCAGCGCCUUGAUAAGCUCGCAGUGUCCCGGAUGCUCACUGGCACAAUUUUAUCAAAACGAAAACGGGCACAGAUAGUAGCAGCAUUGGCACAUGAAGUUGCUGUUCCAGAUCUACGACACCUCAUUCGGUACUUUCUAUUCUCUCAGCUCAACCCGGAUGAUGCUCGCAACCCCAAAGAUAUCCCAGCUGCUAGCUUGCCUCGACAUGAAGGCAAGCUUCAGGUCUUCAAUUCUGCUGCUGCAACGUUUUAUGCUCCCAGUGAUCUGAGUGGCAUUGGUGGCAUGCGACGCGAACAUAUCCGUGCAUGUCCACUCUGGCGAAAUGAGUACCCGCACAAUGAUUGCGUGUUCAUUAACACUGAUUCAGAUGCUGAAGGGAUGCGAGGACUCGAAGUUGCAAGAGUCAUAUGCUUCUUUUCAUUCAAGCACAACUGGGAAGUAUAUCCUUGCGCUCUCAUACAGUGGUUUGAGAAGAUUGGUGACUGCCCUGAUGAAGAUACUGGCAUGUGGAUGGUCGCUCCAAGUUUUCAUGAGGACGGCUCGAGGAACCUUGCUGUCAUUCACAUUGAGACGGUCUUCCAUGCAGCACACUUGAUAGCUAUCUACGGUUCAGAGUACAUUCCUCACUCCCUCAAGUUUUAUCAUUCUCUUGACACUUUCGGCUCAUUUUAUGUCAACAAAUACGCUGACCACCAUGCAUUCGAGAUAGCAUCCUGA